GUUUUUUUUUAGCAUCGAUACGUAUGUGGAGAACCUCCUAUAGAGCAUUUACCACAGGCAAAAAGCCGCUGCCACGGCUGUCCCGUACGCUGGCGUCGUCUGCUAAGCAAUUCCCACGCAGAUCUCUCGGCGCCGCAUUUGUGGCCGGUCUAGGAGCUGCCCUCGUGUGCAGACAGCAGCUCUCCAGCGAGUCGCCUGCCCUGCCAAAGCGCAUCGUGCCCGUUGACGAGUUCGUCAAGCACAACCGGCCCGACGACUGCUGGGUGGCCAUCCGUGGCCAGGUCUACGACAUGACAGAGUUCCUGCCCCAGCAUCCAGGCGGCCAGUCUCCUAUCAUUCGGUACUCGGGCCACGAUGCCACCGAGCUGUUCGAGCAGCUCCAUCCCAAGGGCACUAUCGAGAAAAAUCUCCCGAAAGACAAGCAUCUCGGGCAGCUGGACGGGCCUGCGCCGACGCUGGAAGUGGCCGAGGACGAGUUUGAGGAAGAGCGGCUCGAAAACGUGGCCAACAUGCCAAACGUCAAUGAGGUGAUGAAUCUGCACGAUUUCGAGUACAUUGCGAAAAAAAUCCUCCCCAAAGGUGCGUGGGCGUACUACUCGUCCGGCGCAGACGACGAGGUGAGCAUGAGAGAAAACCACUAUGCGUACCAGCGCAUUUAUUUCCGGCCCCGCGUCCUGGUGGACGUGAGCAAGGUGGACACCAGCACGACGCUGCUGGGCACGCCGACGAGCGUGCCUUUUUACGUGAGCGCGACGGCGCUCGCGAAGCUCGGCCACCCGGACGGUGAGUGCUCCAUUGCGCGCGGCGCGGGCAAGGAGGGCGUGAUCCAGAUGAUUUCGACCCUGGCGUCGAACUCGCUCGAGGAGAUCGCUGCGGCGCGCGUCCCUGGCGCCACGCAGUGGUUUCAGCUGUACGUGAACGAGGACCGCAACGUGGCGUUUGAGAUGGUGAAGAAGGCCGAAAGACUCGGCAUCAAGGCCAUUUUCGUCACCGUGGACGCUCCGAGCCUCGGCAACAGAGAAAAGGACGCACGGGUGAAAUUCGAGGGCGAGUCGGACGUGCAGAAGAGCAACGAAGUCGUGCGGAGCCAGGGCGCCUCGCGGGCGCUGUCCUCGUUCAUCGACACGCGGCUCACGUGGGACGACGUGAUCAAAAUCAAGCAGAGCACCAAACUGCCGGUGCUGAUCAAGGGCGUGCAACGGCUCGAGGACGUGGUGCGGGCCGUGGACGACGGCUUCGACGGGGUGGUGCUGUCGAACCACGGCGGGCGGCAGCUGGACACGGCGCCACCGCCCGUGGAGCUGCUUGCCGAGGUGGUGCCCGAGCUGAGGCGGCGCAACAAGCUGCGGCCGGACUUCGAGAUCUUCAUCGACGGCGGCGUGCGUCGCGGCACAGACAUCCUCAAAGCGCUGGCCCUGGGCGGCCAGAACGUUCGUGUGGGCGUGGGUCUGGGCCGGCCGUUCCUGUACGCCAAUUCGGCGUACGGCGAAAACGGUGUCCGCAAGGCCAUCCAGCUGCUCAAGGACGAGCUCGAGAUGGACAUGCGGCUGCUGGGCGUGCGCAACCUGCGCGAGCUCGACGAGACGUUUGUCGACACAAGACGCCUGAUCGGCCGCGACGCGCCGGACGAGCUGUACAACCAGCUGUACAGCCCGCUCAAGACGGUCAAAUUUAGAAACGAAUAGAAUCUCAUAUGUUGAGCUCUGUUUUCUCAAACUGGUGUAGUGCGUCGACCAGCCGCUGUGUUUUCAGCCAGUAGUGUCUUUUCUGGCUCUCUGCGGCCGCCAGUUCGGCGCUGAGCGACUGGUGCAGCCGUUCGAGCUUGGCGUGGUACUGUUCCAGCUGCGCUGCGCACUGUUCGAGCGCUGCUGCCGGCAGCGCCGUCGUGUCGAUCUGCGGCCUCGCCGUGUACGUGCGCACAAGCUGCUGGUGCAGCUGUGCAAUCUUGCGCUCUAUUUUGGGACACUGCCCGCGCGAACGGGGCGGCGAUGCGCUUCGGUACGACACAAGGUCUGCUCUGAGCGGAUCGGCCGCGACAGGCUGCUUGUGGUGUCUCUCGUGCUCGUACAGCUCGUCGACGGCGGCAAACUCGCUGCUGCAGCGGAGACACGCAAACGGCGUCUUGCAGUGGAGCACCAGGUGGCUCAGCAGCGCAGAGGGCGAGUCGCACUGCCGGCCGCACAGGUUCCAGCGGCACCGCUGCCCGUGAGCGGCGUGUAUCGCCACGUGCACACACAUCUCUGCCGGCGCGCUAAACACGGCGUCGCAGUCUGUCCAUUGGCAAAAAAAACGGGCUCUAUCGGUGGACAUGGGUG